AUGUCGGGGCGCGGUGUGUGGCUGCGGGCGCGGGCGCGGCUGCGGCGCUUCCCGGCGGCGCUGGCGGCGUGCGGGGACCAGGCCGCGGCCUACGGGCGGUGCGUGGCGGCGGCGGCGGCCGGGCCGGCGGAGCUGCGGCGAGACACGUGCCUGGAGGAGUUCCAGGCGCUGCGGGAAUGCUUUGCCCGGGCGGCGAAGGCGACACCGAAGUGACCUCAGAGCUGCUCCCCCCCUCCCACCCCGAGAUGCUCCAGAGGAAUCAAACCCUCCAACGCACCGGUUUGCCCUGAAAUGACCGAACGCCCCCCAUCCUGCUCACGAGGGUCCCGGAGGAGGCACAGCCCCAGGCUGGGUGAGGGUCU